CUAAAAUGUACAAAGACUAUGAAGACAACAGUCCAAGCUAUGAUGACUAUUACACAGAAGAUGACCCGGUUUAUGGCAAUCUCAAUCAAGAAAUUUUAGAGGAAUGUUGUUACGAGCAGAUGAAGUCCCAGCUUCAAAGGCCAGUUAACCAACUACAGGUGGAGUCUGCCAAUCAGAUGUGUUAUGCCUCACUUGAUCACAGCGUCAAGGGAAAACGCAGAAAACCAAGGAGAAAGACAGACCCCUCAUUAGAGGAGGGUGAAGAAGAAAGAUCAUCUAACCCCACCAUGAUGGCUUCCAAAGUUAGCAUUUACCUCAACAGUGAGCAGCUGGCUGCUGAAAACACGGCACACGUAGAAGCCAUUCAUGAUGAUCCCAUCAGAUUAAUGGGUUUGAUUCAUACUACAAAAGGAGAGAACAUUUGA